AUGGGUUAUCAGGAAGCCAUUCGGGUUUAUUUGCGGCUUCGACCACAAAUAUCCAUCGCGCAGAGCAGCAUCCUGGGCUCCUCCGCAAGCGAGAGCUCUCUCAGCAGUUAUGUUCUCGAGCCCUCCUUUAGCGGCCGCUCAAGGCUCAAAUUCCACGUCAAUCGCCACAGCGAGGGCGACAUCGUCAACAACUCCGUGGAGGACUUUAGCUUUCAAUUCCGCCACGUCUUCGAGCCCUUGUCAACCCAGGAGGACGUCUUUAACGUCGUGGCGAAGGAUUGCGUGAUGUCGGUUCUGGAAGGCUACAACAGCACCAUCUUUGCCUAUGGCCAAACGGGGAGUGGGAAGACCUAUUCCAUCACCGGCGGGACCGAAAGCUACGACGAGCGCGGGGUGAUCCCCCGGGCGCUGGGGUUGAUCUACGACGAGGUCGCGAAACGUCAGCAGGACUGCUUCUGGAGCGUGAGCAUUUCCUACCUUCAGAUCUACAACGACAAAGGGCAGGAUUUGCUCAACCACGGGAAGGACGCGAAGACGCUGGAGGACCUCCCGAGCGUCACGAUUCACGAGGCCACCACCGGCGCCGAGGAGGAUUUGGUCGUGGUCCUGAAAGGUCUUCAGCAGCACGCCGCCCCAACGCUGACCGACGCGCUCAAUUUGUUAUUUUUAGGGGAUACCAACCGAUUGUACUGUGAAACGCCAAUGAAUCGCACGUCCUCUCGCUCCCAUUGCAUUUUUACCAUUUCACUGGAGGCCCGCGUGGUGGGGUCUUCGGUGGUGCGUCGCUCCAAACUCAACCUUGUGGAUUUGGCAGGUAGUGAGCGUGCUAGCAAAUCCGGUGUGGGGGGCGUAAUCCUGUCCGAGGUGAAGUAUAUUAAUCUUUCGCUUCAUUAUCUCGAGCACGUGAUCAUUUCUUUGAGUGAACAAGCGAAAGGUAAACGGGAUCAUGUGCCCUUUCGAAAUUCCUUCUUGACGAUGGUACUGCGCGAUAGCCUUGGGGGGAAUUGUCGUACGAGCAUGUUGGCCACCGCCCAUCUAUCGAAGGCGGCGUUGGCGGAGACGAUCAGCACCUGCAGUUUUGCGCAGCGGGUGGCCCUUAUCAAGCAGGACGCACGCAUUAAUGAAGAAACCGACCCGAUUUUACUUCUAAAGAAGCUCAAAGCAGAGGUGGCCCAGUUAAAGGAUCAACUGGCGUUUUACGAAAAGAAUGGCGAGGGAAAAGGGGGCGGCGUGGACCGCGAGCUGAGCGAGGAGGAAAAGAUAUUGUGCCGAACUAUGGUGGAUGCGUACAUUGGAGGAGGCAGUCGGAUUGAGGGAUUUGAAGGGGAAAUGGUGCGCAUUUAUUACUGUUUUGAUCUGAUGAAACGCAGGAUUCUGGGGGAAUCCGGUAGCGCCAAUGGUGGGUUCGUGAAGCGGUCGGACUCCCCACUGGGCUCUGAGGCGAAUGGCAGCCCACAGCUCUGCCCCAAACACAAUCGGGAGGGUGGGGGUACCAAGUUUGUAGGGAUAUCGACCGCGAAGGCGUACGAGGAGCAGAUUGACCAGCUACAAAUCAGCCUAAAACAAAAGGAAAAUGAAAUAAACACGAUGUUGGAUAUUCUCCAUCGGACGCAGGGCAGCCGAUAUAACGCCGCUACGCAGACCUUUGGCGACGUCGACCGGUACGACGAUGCGAAUCCCCCGAUUAACGGUGUUCGGAGGGGACUUGUGGAGGGUGGCGACCAUUCUUGCCAUGCCGAGAGACCCCAGCACGCGGAUGAACCCCAUAAAUCCGCGUGUUUGGCGAAAGGUUUAAACCUACUGCCUGCUUUUAACCGUUUAUCGGACCUUGCUCAACAGGGUGAAAUCAAUUCGUCCGAGGCGGCCGCCGCGGAGGAAUAUUUAAUGAGGAAGCACCAACCGUCCCAGGAUUUGUCGGCUCUUUCGGACUCCCAGCUUGUGGAAGACCGUGCGGCGGCUUUUGAGGCCUUCAAGGGCUCUUACAAGAAUUACAUCAAGAUUGAAACCACAAAGCAGGAACUAAAAGCCGCCUAUGUCGUAUGCAAAGAAACGGCCCAGAAGCUCAACCAGAGCGUGGAUACGAUGAAAAAUCUCAAACAACAAAUCCAGCGACUACGUGCGGAGCGGGCAGUCGACGGCAUCGAACUUGUCGACCCCGAGGAGCAGCGCUUGAUGGAUCAGCUCGGCUCUACCCGAGAGUGCUAUAACGCUCUGGCGGCGGAGCUCCGGCAAGAAAGGGAAACGAUUGAUGGCAUGCACGCUUUUAUGAAACACUCACAGGAGCAGGUAACUCGGGAUUUCGAGCAAUGGUUCAAAACACGAAAGAAGCAGGUGAAGAUGGCUGUCCAAAACACGCGUGUGAGUCCUUCCGAAAAUGAAGUCCCUAAUCCGCCAAAUAACGCCAUCGCCACCACGAUGUCGAACCGUCUGGGCAGCAGCGGCAACAUCCAAAUCAAGCACCCGUCCUCAGCACCCGCGACCACUUUAAACGGCGCCGCGACUACCAACAACACAUCGCUUGACAGCCUAGCGAUACCGGAAAAGCUCUUAUCGAAUGCGCUCCCCAACAGCGCCGUUCUAUUCGCCCCAUCGGCGUCGGCGACCGGGUUGAACUCCGUGCGGACGCCCAUGACGUACAGCCCGCCCGGGAUUCCCUCCUCGUUGUCGGCGUCUGCGGCGCCGUUAUCGGCGUGGGGGGUGCCCGGACCCACCGCGAACGCGCGAGGCCCUCCGUUCUCGAGUUCGCCGGAGCCCCACCAUUCCCCUCCUUCCCCCGCGGUGGGGCCGGCCUUGUUGGGCCAUUCCAGCCUGAAGCCUUUUCACCUCCAGCCGCUCGACGCCCCGGCCUCCGGCGGGCGGCCGUUGUCGCCAGGGGCCAACGAGAGGGCCGGCUCGGCCGGGCAGAGCAGCCCGCGGUUAUGGCCAACCCCCACGGACCAGUCGGGCUCGUCCUGUGGCGGGGGGACGGCGGAGUCGAACCCGUACGCGCCCACGCACCGCUCCACGGGAAAUAGGGCCGCCGAUGAGCAGCUUGCCGCGCUCUAUAAGCUUCGGGAUAUGAUGCGGCAAAAUCUGAGGAAUUCGUAG